GUGUCCAAUCAGGAGGGGGCGUGAGGCGCAGCGUCCCCCGAGCUCGAGCCGCUGGAGCCCCAGCGCGAGCGCGACGGGAGCGGCGGGACCCUCACAGGCCGGCGAGCCACCCAGGACUGCAGCCAUGGCCUCCGAAAACCCAAAUGCCCAGAACCCAGGCUGCAAGAUCAUGACGUUCCGGCCUACCAUGGAAGAAUUCCGAGAUUUCGGAAAGUACAUUGCAUAUAUUGAAUCCCAGGGAGCCCACAGAGCUGGACUGGCAAAGGUCAUCCCUCCGGAAGAAUGGAAGCCUCGGAAGUCGUACGACUCCAUCGACGAGAUGGUCAUCCCUGCGCCCAUCAUGCAGGUCGUGACUGGCCAGUCCGGCCUCUUCACUCAGUACAACAUCCAGAAGAAGUCCAUGACGGUGGGCGAGUACCGCAAGCUGGCCAACAGCGAGAAAUACUGCACUCCUCGACACCAGGAUUUCGAGGAUCUAGAGCGAAAAUACUGGAAGAACCUGACUUUUGUUUCUCCUAUUUACGGAGCAGACAUCAGUGGCUCGCUUUACGACAAGGGCAUAGGUGAGUGGAACAUCGGGCACCUGAACACACUGCUGGACAUGGUGGAGCAGGAGUGUGGCAUCGUGAUUGAGGGGGUGAACACCCCCUAUCUGUACUUUGGGAUGUGGAAGACCACCUUUGCCUGGCACACGGAGGACAUGGACCUCUACAGCAUCAACUAUCUGCACUUUGGAGAGCCCAAGUCUUGGUAUGCCAUCCCUCCUGAACAUGGGAAGAGGCUGGAGAGACUGGCAAAAGGAUUCUUCCCAGGCAGUUCUCAAGGCUGUGAUGCUUUCCUGCGGCACAAAAUGACCUUGAUUUCACCCUCCAUCCUCAAGAAGUACGGAAUCCCCUUUGACAGGAUUACUCAGGAGGCUGGGGAGUUCAUGAUCACCUUUCCCUACGGGUACCACGCCGGGUUCAAUCACGGCUUCAACUGCGCCGAGUCCACCAACUUCGCCACGCUGCGCUGGAUCGACUACGGCAAAAUGGCCACACAGUGCACGUGUCGGAAGGAUAUGGUGAAGAUCUCGAUGGAUGUGUUUGUGCGGUGCCUGCAGCCUGACCGCUAUGACCAGUGGAAGCAGGGGAAGGAUGUGACGGCGCUGGAUCACCUGAAGCCCACUGACCUCACCAGCCCCGAGCUGGAACUGUGGUGGGAGAGACGGGCCAUGUUGAAGGACAAGCUGCUGCGAAGGGCGAUGCGGAAGAUGAAACAGGUUCGUAGGCUGAAGAUGGAGGAUAUCAAGGCACUGGCGGAGGUGGGAGUAAUGGUCGACCCAGUGGAGCACCAGCGCAUGGUGGAAGCCAGAGAGGCAGAGAAGAAAGAAAAGGAAGCGGCGUCCGGUGACCAGGAAGAGCCAAAACAUGUUGCCAGUUCAGCACCUCUAGACAAGAGCCAGGCGGGGCGGCAGCUGCCCGUGGCAGAGGGCGAGAAGGCGAAAAAGAAAAAGAAGAAGAAAGCCCCGGUGCAGGGGGGGGCGGCGGCGGCCUUGGAGGCUGCAGAGGCCGCUGGCUUGUCCCCAGCAGAGCCGGCGGUGCGCGUCCAGGAGGAGGGGGAGCAGAGCUUUGAGGCGCGUCCCAUCAUCCCCACCCUGUACGUCAUGCCCAGUCCCAAGAAGGUCAUCUUCGAUAAGGAGCGCAUGUCCUGCCAGGAGGCCUUUGAGCAGUUUGCCAAGAGCAAGGCGGCCCAUGCCUCUCCCAUCAGGAGACAGGGCCACUGGGUGAAGGACGAGAGCAGUGACGCCGAAGAGCCCGGGGAGGGAAGAACCGAGAAGAGGGGCAUCCAGCCCCCCCCGUCCUACUCCAAGCUGAAAAUGAAGAUGGAAGUGAAGAAAAGUCGCCGGCACCCUUUCAGCAAGCCGCCCAUGCGCUCCCCACUGUCCGUGGUCAAACAGGAGGCCUCCAGUGAUGAAGAGCUGUUCACCUCAUUCGCUACAGAGGAAGAGCUGGAUCCUGAGGCUGUGAAGACAGUCCUGUCUCACCUCUGGCAGAACAAGUCACACAAUUUCCUAGCCGAGCGGCGCUUCAAUGCUGCAGUGGCCCUCAUUGAGCCUUACUGUGCCAUCUGCACCCUCUUCUUCCCUUAUAUACAGCCGAAUAAGGACCUCUCCCUGUCAGCAGACAGUCUGACCAUCCCUGUGUCAAAGUGCGGCACGUACACUAGGCCUCUCAUUCCAGAGAUGUGCUUCAGCUCAGGGGGAGAAAACACUGAGCCGCUGCCUGCCAACUCCUACAUUGGUGAUGAUGGCACCAGCCUGCUCAUCUCCUGCUCCAAGUGCUGCCUGCAGGUCCAUGCCAGUUGCUAUGGAGUCAGGCCAGACCACGUGAAGGAGGGCUGGACUUGUUCACGCUGCACAGCCAAUGCCUGGACAGUGGACUGUUGCUUGUGCAAUUUAAGAGGAGGAGCCCUCCAGAUGACCACAGACAAGAGGUGGGUGCAUGUUAUCUGUGCCAUAGCGGUGCCAGAGGCUCGUUUUGUUAACGCCGUUGAGAGGAACCCGGUCGAUAUCAGCACCAUCCCAGAGCAGAGGAAGAACCUGAAAUGUGUGUACUGUUACAAGACGAUGAAGAGGGUCUCAGGUGCCUGUAUCCAGUGUUCCAUUGACCGCUGCUCCACCUCCUUCCAUGUGACUUGUGCGCACACAGCUGGGGUACUCAUGGAGCCUGACGAUUGGCCCUACAUAGUGUCCAUCACCUGCCAUAAACACAAGUCCACCAAUCAGAACCUGAGCCAGGCCACCAAAGAGGUCUCGUUAGGACAGACUGUCAUCGGCAGGAACCGCAACGGGCUGUAUUACAAGUGCCGGGUGAUAGGGACAGCCACACAGAAUUUUUACGAGGUCAACUUUGAGGACGGAUCCUACAGUGACAACCUCUAUCCCGAAAACGUCAUUAGUCGAGACUGCCUCCAGUUUGGGCCUCCGGUGGAGGGUGAAGUCAUUCAGGUUCAGUGGACAGACGGCAACAUUUUCAAUGCCAAGUUCAUCACCGCUCACCUCAUGAAUGUCUACCAGGUGGAGUUUGAAGAUGGAUCUCAGCUGACAGUGAAGCGCAGUGAUCUUCACACACUGGAAGAAGAACUGCCAAAGAAAGUCAAGUCCCGGCUGUCCCUGUCGACAGCCGUUGUGCAGGACUCUUCCUUCUCUGGGGAUGAGGUCAAAGCAGCCAAGCGGCCCCGCCUGCCCACGCCCCCUCCCUCGCCCACCCCACCCCCAGCCCCUGCCCUGCCGCCGCCCCUGGAGGACUACGGCCACGGCUCCGACUACCUGGCCAUCAUGGAGUCCCUGCUGCAGACCCAGUUCCCCCCGCCGGAGGGCCGGAGCAGCACGUUCUAGAGGGCCCGGGGGCAGAGGCUCUGGCUUCCCACCCGCUCCCGCAGGCCGGCUGGAUGAAGCAGCUCCUCCCGUCUCGCUGCACCAGGCUUUGGGCAGGCAGAUGCUGUUGGGAAAACUAGUCGUGUGACACUUUUGGGAAUUUUCUCCUUCUAUACCAGAAAAGCAGCUAGAACUCUCAAUGUGUACCAUUUUGUGCAGGACCGUCACGUUACCUUUUUUCUGACGUUAAAAUACCUGAGACACGCCUGGAUGUGCCGUUAGCAAUUUGCUUGUUUUUGCUGUAUUUUUUAAGAAAACAAGCAGGCUAACAAAUUACAAAGACAGCUGGACUACAGUUGUACAGUUUCAGUAUAUUUUUUUGUGAGGGGUGGGAAAAUUAGUAUUUAGAAACUCCAGUGAUAUAGAAGAAAAUGUUAAAAUAAAAACACAAGAAAGUGUUAUAGUCUGAACGUCCUGAGCCCUGUCCCUCACAGUUUGAGAGCUCAGGUUCUUAAAUGGAUUGUUACUUUAUUUUUCUUAGGGGAUAAAGUAGUUGUGUGUAAUUUAAUUUCUUUUAUCCACUGUGAGCUCUUAAGUUAUUGACCAUUUCUUUCCCACUGCUUUCUUGAAAUUGUUCAUUGUGCUUCUCUGGGAGGGUAGGUGUUAUCUCAAAGAUUUCUUUUCAGUCAUUCAGCAUUUUGAUAUUGUUAAAUUUUAUAUAAGAAGGAGAAAUGACAGUUCUAGUGUUGGCAUGGAAACCUAUCUAUAUAUUUAUAAAUAUAUACAUAUAUGGUAUACACAACUCCAUAGAAAGAUUUAAGACUAACUUAAUUUUUUUCUACCAUUUUUGAGCCAUCUUCAAAAGCGGUGCUAUGAUCAUGACUACUGAUGCAGGAAAUAUCCCUCAUAUUAUGGAACUGUAAAUAUAAAUUUUUUUUGAAGUUCUACAAGGAGCAAUGUUUUCAACAAUGAAAUACCACCUUUUUUAAUGUUUGAAAGUAUGUAUCUAAACAGCAUUACUGCAACAGUUCACAGUUUAGUACCAUGGAGAAACUGGUAUUGUAAAGUAGCAUUGAACUAACUGCGUUUUUGUGUACACCUUUUUCAAAGUGAAUAUAGCAGCAGGCCCUUAUUUCUUUCAUUUUCACUGAACUGGCUUUGUUUCUCUGCCUCUGGCAAUGCCUAAGGCGGAAUAAAGUCCAGCUGUUUCCAGUUUACCAAAGUCUUUACUUGGUUUGAGCUCAGUGCACUCCGUGCUUCCUGAUUGAACUCAGCAGGGUCGCAGGAAUGGCCAUUACCAGUUGACCACCUGGUUGCAACAACCUUGAAAAGAUACCCAGGACUCAGGCUUGCUUAGCUGAAAGUAGAGGAAAGGGCAGAAUGAUCAGGCUCUUUAAUGGCUGCUACUAUGCUAGUUGAUUGUUUUCACUGAUAUGUUAAUUUCUUUGUUCCCAGCUGUUUUUUCUAAAACAGGCUUUUAAAUGUUAGUGAGUACAUUCACCAUCCUUGGUGUUGUGUCCCAGAAAUUUCUGUGAUGCCAAAACAGUAGGAAAAACUGAAAGCGAUGAAGUAUAUUCCCCAGUAGCAAGAUGAAACCGCUUACUUCUGACCACCCUACUCCUGAAACAAUGGCUGGAUACAGUGGGCCAAAUUGCCUUCGAUUUCCCUCUUCAAUUCUGUCCCUUAUUUUUGCAAAGUUGUCUGAAAAAGUAAGAAGAUAGAAUGCUGGGAAGAUGUCUUUCAGGGCUUAUAGAUUAACUUAAUUUAACAGCAGGAGACAAUGUUAAAUUUAGUCUUGAGAUGCCAGGGGACAGCAAUGGUAAUAGUGAAUUUCUGCAGCCUUUACAUAUGGACAGAUUCCCAUAGUCCAUUUUUUAUUUUCAUGGUUUGUCAUCACCUCUACAACAGGUAUGCUGUUAACACACUUAAUCAAACAUGAUUAAGAAAUUAAGUAAUUGUGACUUGAUAAACAGUAUGUUUUAUAGUGGGUUGAGCACUUACUAUAUGAUAGUCACUUGCAACCCAGAAAAACCAAAGUAGACUUACGUACUAUUUAAUUGCUGGAAACAGUGGAUUUUAUUAACAGGCUUUUAAAAAAAUCUAAAAAGGCAUCUGGUUGCUCAAGAUCUCCAUCCAAGAGUGGAAUAAGUGUUAUAUCAGUUCUGUGAAAGGGUUAUCUUGUUGGUCAGUGCACUAUUGUAAAUUUUUCUGAAUGUGUUCACCUUUAUUACAUUAAAAAUUCUGUUCUCUGCAUUUUGAGAACUAAAUUUGUCAGCUGCUAAUCUUUUUUUCUGUUAAAUGUUGUAGCCCAGUGAUUAGCAUUAAUUUUGCAUAAUGGAUGUUAUACCCUUAAGUAAAAAUGAAAGUGGAAUUGCUUAAAACCUGAGGAAAAAAAAACAUUUUUGGCAUGAUUAUAUAUGCGGAUGAAUGGAACAAAACUGAUUUUAAAACUGCAGUAUUUGAGACUUUAUGAAACCCAUACUUGCAAUAACUUUUGUAAUAUUUGAGAAGCAAACACAUGGUGUUCACACAUGUUUAUAAAUGUUAUUCAGUUCAAAAUUUUGAAAUGCUAUUAAAACUGUGAAAUGGGCCAUUGACCUCA